CUGGGUUACGCCUACGCUAAAUCGACUGUAAUCCUUACUGUACACAACUGAAUCCUCUGCGGGUAUUUUCAAUUUUUCCUGCGGCUACAAGUUUUCCUCUAAAUAGGCUAAAGAAAUGGACAACUCGGGCAAAGAAAAGGAAGCCAUUCAGCUAAUGGCGGACGCUGACAAAAAAGUCAAGUCCUCCGGCUCCUUUUUGGGAGGGAUGUUUGGAGGAGGACCUCACAAAGUGGAGGAGGCGUGCGAGAUGUACUGCAGAGCUGCCAACAUGUUCAAGAUGGCCAAGAACUGGAGCGCUGCUGGAGAUGCCUUCUGCAAGGCUGCCCGUCUGCAUAUGCAGCUGCAGAACAAACAUGACUGCGCCACCAGUUUCAUUGAUGCAGGAAAUGCUUACAAGAAGUCUGACCCUAAUGAGGCAAUCAAGUGUUUAAAUGCUGCCAUCGAUAUAUACACAGACAUGGGAAGAUUUACCAUCGCUGCCAAACAUCACAUCAGUAUCGCAGAAAUCUUUGAGUCUGAGCUGGUGGAUAUCGAAAAGGCUAUUGCUCAUUAUGAGCAAGCAGCAGACUACUACAAAGGAGAGGAGUCAAACAGUUCUGCAAACAAGUGUCUGCUGAAAGUGGGAGCUUACUGCGCUCAGCUGGAACAAUACCAGAAGGCCAUAGAGAUCUAUGAGCAGGUCGGAGCCAACACGAUGGACAACCCGCUGCUGAAAUACAGCGCCAAAGAGUAUUUCUUCAAAGCCUCCCUGUGUCAUUUCAUUGUUGACGAGCUCAACGCCAAGAUUGCCGUCGAAAAAUAUGAGGAGAUGUUCCCUGCUUUCUCAGACUCCAGAGAAUGCAAGUUGUUGAAGAAACUUCUUGAGGCUCACGAGGAACAGAACAGUGAGGCCUUUACAGAAGCGGUGAAGGAGUUUGACUCGAUCUCCCGUCUAGACCAGUGGCACACCACCCUCCUAUUGCGCAUCAAAAAGACCAUCCAGGGCGAUGAAGGGGAUCUGAAAUGAAAAAAAAAAAAACUCAGGGUAGGGUUGCAGCAUGGAGGGGAUGGCUCCAUCACGCAUGCUUUCACACACACACAUACACACUGCAGAGCACUCUUUCAAACUCCCCUCGCUGUUGCCGUACUGGUUCAGGAGCGUCCGCUGACAUUUUUUUUUAAAAACCUUUCCACUGCUCACUGUUGUAAGAAGCACUACAUGUUGUUUUUGUUACCAGCUUAUCCAAAUCCAGUCAGAAUGUAAAUCCUCUCGCCCUCACCUCUGAACAGAGGAUUGCUGCAUACCUUUCUCAGCUGAAAUCCUCCUGGAGGGGCUUUCAGAGUCCGAUGCUAGUACUGACAGGAGGCUCUGCAUGUUUUCUACCGUUUCUUUCUUAGUCGGACGAAGCUUUUUGUAUUUAAAUCCAUGUCGGCGUGCAAACCUGUUUGAUUUAUGCAACGGGCCAGUUUGUGAUCAUUUUCAGGAAUCCUUUGUUACAUAGCGCUACAGGAGACGAUCAAACCCACGCUCUCAGUACUGAAUAAUGCAUCGAAGCCGUUUCCAUGUUUUCUCCCCCACCACAACGGAGUGACUUCUCUUGAAACUUGGCAACGAUAUGCGCAAGUUUUGACUGUUAUACAUUUGUGUCUGAACAAAUGGAAUUAUGAUUUUAUUACGUUGUCUUAAAACUCUAGGAUGUAUUUGCUGUGACGAGACUUUGCUUGCACCUGUAAGAUAUAUAGUUUGAAUGUAAAAAGCAUUCCUUACGUUUUAAUAAAGAGCACCGGCACGAGGCCCCUUCCUCCUUAAGUCACUUGAAUGUGUAUUUUGAUGUAGUGCACCUUCCGAACAUCCGGUUGCUUAGCAUGUCAUUGUGUUGUGUACAUUCACUAGUGUUAGCAAAACCAAAGUUUUUACAAAUGAAAUAGAAAAAGAAUCAGAAACUCUGUAUUUACCUUCUUCCAUGUGGAACAACAAUAGGCUGUGGCUAUGAAAUGUAUGCCUGUUAAAAUUAAGAAUAAUAAAGAUAAGUUCAAUACUG